GAUUAGAAUUUUGGAAGUUAUACUUAUAGCAAAAAUGAUAGCACACUGUACUUCUUAAGCUCAUUUUAACCCAUGAAAAAAUUCAUCUCUCAAAAUCUUUUACUAGAAAAUGUUAAAACGUUUGUUUAGAAGUUGCACACCCCUUAUUCCAUUGACUAGGGACUAUACCGUUAAUGAAUGUACAAGCUCAACGAAUUCCUUGCGAAUGGAGCCCAGGCUUCAUAGAAAUUUGUACAAUUUAACCUUAAGAGAGGAAAAGGAGGAAAAACUUCGAGAUUUUCUUCCAGUAAAACCAUUUCUUCCAAGUGGAUGGUCGUUUGAACAUAGACCGGGAUCUAAUCGGUUUGAUCUUAAGAAAGAAGUUGAAAUACGUCAAUGCGGGGUCGAGUUAAUGCACAUCAUUUCUCAUAUGGAAAUAAAACAAUAUGAGCACACUUUCCGUAUGGAUAAUGGUGAGCGUGAAGAACAAGAAUAUUUGAAUUUCAUUCUGUUUCUGAAGAAAAAAAGGUAUUCAAAAGGUGGUCUUGAAUUUGGUUUGACAACUAUCGACAUGGAACUUGUCAUGGACUCAUUAGCUAUUCAUGAUUCUGAUGAAAGCUUUGAAAACGCAAUUUCAGUAUUCGAUCUAGACCCCCCAAAGAACUUAAGUAAUGGAGGAACAAAUUUUUUAAAACGACGAAAGCGGGAUAGCGGAUAUCGUGGGCCUAUGCUGAAAGAGUUGGACGAUGACCUUUAUGAUGAGAUUCUUGAUUAUUUAGAUGAAAGAGGAGUUAAUAAUCCUUUUGCGGAGUAUAUAAUGUCACAGGCUCAUUACCUUGAACAAGAGGAAUAUCUCAAUUGGUUACGCCUUCUUCGUCGCUUUUCAGACUAAUUACUAUUAGUGGAGCGAAAUAUAUUUUUUUUCUCUUUAA